AUGCGACUGUUGAAAGUUGACGGUCACGGCGAGCUCACCAGGUGUUAUCCUGAAGAGAAUGCUCCGGCUUAUGCAAUACUCUCGCACACUUGGGGAACUGAUGCGGAUGAAGUAUCUUUUCAGGAUCUUGGAGAUGGGUCUUAUUUGAAAAAGGCUGGCUGGUCCAAGAUUCAGUUCUGCAGGAAACAAGCCGAAAAGGACGGCCUGCUAUACUUCUGGGUGGACACAUGCUGUAUAGACAAAACUUCUUCUGCCGAAAUCACCGUGGCAGUCAACUUCAUGUUUCGCUGGUACCGUAAUGCCGUCAAAUGCUACGUCUACCUAUCAGAUGUAUCAGCUAGCGAGGAAGAUAAGGACCACGCAAAUGUGGCAUGGGAAACCCAGUUUCGGCGAAGCAGAUGGUUUACACGGGGCUGGACUCUCCCAGAACUUCUUGCACCGGCUUCCGUUGAGUUCUUCUCACGGGAAGGGACACUAUUGGGCAAUAAAAGGACGCUCGAAGGACUCAUCCACGAGAUCACCACCAUUCCAAUCCACGCUCUCCGUGGUACAUCUUUGAAGGACUUUCCUGUCAAUGAGCGACUGCGGUGGGCUAGCGGACGUCAAACCAAACGGGAGGAAGACGAGGCUUACUGUCUAUUGGGAAUCUUGGGUGCCUCAAUGCCCUUGCUCUAUGGCGAAGGGCAUAGUCGUGCCUUCGACCGUCUCAGAGAGACAAUUGAUAUAUUUCCACGCCGUUGGAGAGUUACAAGGGAGAACCACCGAGGCCCCAACCCGGACCAACUUAAUGUUCAAGCUGUGCAACAUAUUCCUGCAAAUGACUCCAGAAAGGAUACUCAGAACGAACCGUCUUUCACCGAUUCCGGCUACGGUUCUUUACCUAAUUUGCACUACGCCACAGAUGCCAGGGUCCCACCUCACGAUCUUAACAACUCGUUGUCCUCAGACACAAUAGACGACGAAUCUAGGCAAGACACCGAAACUCAUUACUCUGCAGCGACUUCUGUGGCCCCUGCUGAGGUACACAAUUAUGCCAUUGAGCUAUGCAACGACAUCUUCCGUAAAAUCGGACCAGAUCUCGAUGUCCAUCAGUGGAGUUCUCUUUCCAAGGCGCUUCCAAGACUCAUCAAGGCUUUCGCCAUAAUGAUUGGUUUCGAGUCUUCUGCUCCCGUGAACCGAGAAAUCAUGUACUUCAUUCACAGCCAAAAUAAGAACAUAGCCACAUAUUUGGACACAAUUUUCCAAGGCGAAGACAAUGGCGAGUCAGGCAGUGACCGAAAGACCACAGACAUGUCUCUGGAUGAUAAGAUGAGGAUGUGGGAAAGCAAGGCUGGAACAGACCAUACGGAUCCGGCAAACCAUGAUGACCUCUACACAGGAGUUGAAGAAUUGGAGGACGAACCUCCUGUCCUAACAGACUUGUCUCUUUACAACAGCAUUAUCAGGGAUAGUUACGCCUACAAAUGGUUUCUUACGAGCCUCCAGACGGAAUCCGUCCUCCAAUGUAGUGAGACGCAGCCUUGUAUCAUGAUCGACGACAUUCGCCGAAAGAUUAUGGAUGAGUUUCCCACGGGACGUAUUAGCGGACGGCGCGGUCCUCAUGCUUACGAAGGACAAUUUCACCUUCGAUGGUCUGGCAAAACAGAGCAGAGAUUUCUACGCAAAACUCACAAGCAACCAACUGGAUCUCAAAAAUCUUAUGCGGAUCUCAUCACCAUUACAGGUUCCAUAGAGGAAGCUCAAUUACUUACCAUCAGAGAAUACUUGGGUCAAACUUGGCCUGGACGGGGCUGUCGGCUUCUGGAUGUCAUACAGGAGGCGGUUGCCAGUCACGACCGUCAUUGUUCAGUGGUUUUCGCGGACAAAACACGGCUGGAAGCCAUCAUCGUGAGGUCGUACCUGAUCGUCACCGCUAUUGGACCUGCGUACUUCGUUGCAGAAUGUGGCGAACAACUCUCGUGGCUAGGAGCUGCGCUGCAGUGCUACAAUGAUCGGCGAUUGGUUUCCACGUGUGCUCCAUCGCUUCGCAAGAACCAACAACCGUAUCAGUUGGCUCCCUUUUCAACAAAAACAACGUCUCAAGUUAGCUAUGAAAUAUUGUUCCCCGUCUCAUCUCCGAUGAGUUCGGAAGAUUCGGUGCUGGACAAGCAGACUCGCUGGCAGGAGCUAGUUGGAAAUAGCGUUCUUAUUACAGGAUUUCCAGUCUCCCGGAGGCCGAACGGCUAUCCAGGACUCGAAGUCUCCUUUGAGACCCUGUUGAGUUUAUUAGGCGCUGACGAGGCCUCGCAUAACCAUGGUUUUAUCAUGGUAAACGGACGGAAAACUACUCUCUGUUUGAUAAAAUGUACCGGCAAUAUACACCUUUGGCAUCCCUUCCACAACUCGCUCAAUCUGUAUCCUUCGUGUGGGAACGGUCCUGCUGAAACCUACUCUGGGAACUUUGAUCUUCGAAGACUGGAAACCGGUAGACACAUUCUGAUCAUCUGCAUGGGAUUUCAGGCUGCUAUGGUAGCAGAUUUGGACUACGAGGGCAUGCCCACGACGGACUACAAGCGUAUGCUCAGUAUUCAUGAGACCAACAAUGCGCGUUUUCAAACUCAGAUCACAGUCGCUUCUCCUCCCAUAGAGAGAGAUUCGUCUCAGAGUCUAAGGCUCUCUCAACAGGACAAGGUCCGCUCCCUGGGUCACGAGCUAUGUAGCCAUGAAACCGGUUCUGGUUCGUCGAAUUUUGGCACAAUGGUCCCCUCAACUUUAAGGCACCCACGGCCGAGAUUUGGGAAGGUUCAGACGGAGGAGCAAGUGUCACCAAGUGUUCAAAAAUAUUUGUCCGCAGUGGGCAUUGAACCUGAUGCCAUGGCAGGAUCCCCAGACUAUUCAUUAGAUUCGGACUUGAUUUCACUUUCUGGUUCUUCCGAAGAUCCCGAGCUACUGGACCUUGAUGAAGGGGCGAAUGAGUCUCUCAACAUCGUACUACAUCGGCUUCUAUCAGGAUUCCGCAGCAGUAUCCGAGAUUGCGCUGGGUCGGAGAUCCAGGGAGUGUCAACGGGCUCAGCGGGUUCAACAAGUGUGGAUGGAUCCUCUGAAGCUCAGAAUGAUUCUGGGCGAUCUCAAAAGAGAACCAGACAACGACGAGCCGAUGAUGAGGAUCCCGACGAUCCAGAAAAAGAGGGCCCGCCUAUGCCUCCGCCGAAGACGUUGAAAGUAAGUAAUGAGAAAACACGGCAGAAGUCACUGGCUUGCCCCUAUUUGAAGUUGGAUCCUAUCAGGUAUCGCAAAUGCUGCGUGGACAAACAUAGCAGAAUUCGAGACGUGAAGCAACAUCUCUCUCGGCGCCAUACCCCUCUGCGCUAUUGUCAGCGCUGCUUUGACACACAAUUUGAGGACGAGGAGAGUCUUAAAAGUCAUGUCGACACUGGGACGUGCCAAAGACAAGAUCCCUCUGUGUUGGACGGCCUCUCGUACCACCAAAGCAGGCAACUAUCUCGGAAAUCGAAAGCGAGCCUCAACGAGCAGGAGCAGUGGUUUGCGAUAUGGGAAUUGCUAUUCCCCGGACGUCUCCCGCCAAGUUCGGCUUACCUCAACACUGAUUUGUCGCUGGAGAUGUGCGAGUUCCGUGAAUAUUGCCUCCAUCUUGGUCCGGCGUUCGUCAGGGAACAAAUCCAGUCGGAACAAUCCUCACUGCCACUAGGACUCAACACGGAACAACAGCAUGUGGCACUGGAAAGAUUGAUCGGCCACGGAAUUAUUGCCCUGUUCGAAGAUUGGCAUUGGCGUGUCUCUCAAUCCGCUUCCGGGUUACCAGGCGGCAGUGGCCUGCAGUCGAUGCCGCACAACACUUCUACGAGCUCGAUCGCCGACAGCGGAGUCGCUCUGGACAGUCAGCCGUCACCUCGAGGAAGCGCAAACUAA